CCAAAGACAACAACAAUUACAAGAGGAAGCAAAGUAACCAAGACUCGGAGGAAAGGAGAAGGGGAAGACCGGAAGAGAGCAAUGGAGGCAAGGGUCGCAGCAGGAGUGCCCGAAGACGAAGAGUCCGGCCUCCUCCCCCGCCCGUCCGCCACCGGCCGCCGGCCUUCUUCCCGCGGCCCCCGCUUCCCGCCUCCACCGGCGGCCUGGGUGACGGUGGACGGCCCCCUCGGGCUGCCGCUGGAGGACGCGGGAGGACACGCCCGCCGCUUCUUCCUCUGGGGUUUCGCGUGCCUCCCCUUCCUCUGGGCCAUCAACUGCUACUACUUCUGGCCCGUCCUCCGGUCGCCGGCCGCAUCCUCGCCCUCCGCCUUCGCCUCCAUCCGCCCCCAUGUUGUGCGAUCGGCAAUUGGCUUCACCAUCUUCUCUGUUGUUCUGAUAACCUGGGCCACGACUUUCAUUGUUGGAGGCGAGCGGUUAUUUGGACCAGUGUGGAAUGAUCUAGUGAUGUAUAAUGUUGCCGACAAGCUUGGCAUCACUGGAUUCAUGGGAUAGCCUGUGAUGUCUUCCUCAUUUCGACUGGACUUGGUCCAACCAAGUCCGAAAUGAUCUGUUCUAUGGAUCUUCGUAGGAAUUGCUACUAUCUGAUGUACUGUAUUAUUAUUGUUGACUUCCUGACCGGAUAGAACGAUGUUUAGCAUGGCCUGUGUUGUAGAAAGAAUAUGGAUCGAUGGUUAUGAUGAUAAAUUGAACUCAAUCUGAUGGACAGGUUUUUUGUGUUGGAGACAUCCUGGAUGGAUAUCUCUGACAUAUGA